CCACUGUGGAUCUAUCUGCACCAAACCUAGACUUUUCUUUUCCUUAAAGAAAAAAGGACAAGAAGUGAAGAGAGAGAAUGGAGCUGGAGCCAACCGAGGGUCCUUAUGACUACUACGACUACGAGGAGACAGAAAACUCCUCCAUGUGUGACUAUACUGAGUGGUCGGCGUCGUACUCCGUCAUCCCCGUGCUGUACAUGCUGAUUUUCAUCCUCGGCCUCUCUGGAAAUGGGGUGGUCAUUUUCACCGUGUGGAGGGCCCAGGGGAAGAGGCGAGCCACCGACGUCUACAUCGGCAACCUGGCCCUGGCUGACCUCACCUUCGUGGUCACUCUGCCUCUGUGGGCCGUCUACACAGCCAUGCGCUACCACUGGCCGUUCGGAGUGGCCCUGUGUAAGAUCAGCAGCUACGUGGUCCUGCUUAACAUGUAUGCCAGCGUCUUCUGCCUCACCUGCAUGAGCUUUGACCGCUACCUGGCCAUCGUCCACUCCUUGUCAAGCACCCAGCUGCGUACCCGUGGGCACACGCAGGCCUCCCUGACAGCCAUCUGGCUGCUGUCUGGUCUCCUGGCCGCCCCGACUCUGAUCUUCCGCACCACCGUAUAUGAUCCAACCACCAACCACACGUCCUGCGCCAUGGACUUCAGCCUGGUGGUGACCAAAAAGAAGCAGGAGUACCUGUGGAUCGCAGGUCUCAGCAUCUCCUCCUCAGCGCUGGGCUUUCUUCUUCCCUUCCUGGCAAUGAUGGUGUGCUACUGCUUCAUCGGCUGCACCGUCACCCGCCACUUCAACACCCUGCGCAAGGAGGACCAGCGUAAGAGGAGGCUGCUGAAGAUCAUCACCACGCUGGUCGUGGUGUUUGCCGCCUGCUGGAUGCCCUUCCACUUGGUGAAGAGUGCUGACGCCCUCUCCUACCUGGAUCUGUUCCCUGACACCUGUGCCUUCCUGCGUCCCCUCCUGCUGGUUCACCCGUAUGCAACCUGCCUGGCCUACGUCAACAGCUGCCUCAACCCCUUCCUCUACGCCUUCUUCGACUUGCGCUUCAGAUCCCAGUGUCUUUGCCUGCUCAACCUGAAGAAAUCCUUGCAUGCGAGCCCGGCCAGCUCCCUGUCCUCUCAGAAGACAGAGGCUCAGUCUCUGGCCACAAAGGUGUGACGACAGCCGAGGGCCCAGACGCAUGCUAGGGAAGAGGUGAACAAUGCAGAGCAAUGCAGGUAAAUCAGAACUUUACAACGCAGCGUGCUUGCUCUCAUCCGUCAGCUUCAGGGUGUCACCUUUGUUCUGGACUACUGAAGACCCCGGUGGGGCUUCUGGGGUCCGGCCACCUCAAACUCCAGCCUCGCUUUCAGUUGCAAGGCAGCAAAACUGAACUACUUAACACAAGGGACCAAGCAUGAACAGAAUGAUGUUUUGGGAAAAGUGGAAUGUAUUUUGUAAGGACCACGUGCUCUUGUGUUUCCACUGAGCUUUCAACUCUGUCCUCAAGUCCCUCACGUGUAUUCCUCAUGCAUUUGCCCCCCGCUGUUCUUGUUUUCAUUUGUAAGCACUUGAGGUGUGAUUUCUGUCAGAUGACCCCCAUCUCCAGCUCAGGCUGCAGUAUCUGCAUCCCAGCCGGCAGUGUUAAAUAUGUGUGUCUCUGAAGGGUGUGUCAGUCAGUUAAGAUGUGUAGGAGUCUGAUAAGAGUGUUGUAAGGAGAGACGGAGAUAGUGGGGAGGAGGGGUUGGGAGUCCCAGACGGACAGACAGAUGGCAGCUGACAAAUGUUUCCAGGCUUGCGGUGGGCCCAAUUAAAAGGUGACUGCUUUGACAGUCUGCUGGUGUGUGUGUAUGUGAGGCUGUGUCUCUGUGUGUGUGUGUGUGUGUGUGUGUGAAGGAAUGAGUUGAUGAACUGAAGCAUUUUGUGAAUACACAUUAUUUUGAAUCGAUGUUUAUGAUUUGUAAUAAUAAAAAAAAAAAGACGGUGCUUUUAAAAAAAACACAAAUCCUCUCUCUGGUCUCACUCUGUUAACUUGUGACAGCUUGUUUCGUCUUGCUGGAAUGUAUUUUCUCCCAUCCAGUGAAUGUGCUUCUUCCUGUUGGCGCAUUGCUGCAGGGAGGCAGUCUCCCUGCCAUUGUGUUUCGCAGGGCCGAAAUCAAAGCAUAUGUCUGCAGGAAAUGCACGUUCCACUUCUGUUUCCCUUUUCGGGGGGGAAUGUUUGUUUCUCCUCCUCUUCUUACAAUUCGCUCAGGCAAACAAUCAGCGAGGACAAAAGUUUCUAAAUUGGAUCAACCGCAGGAGAUCUGGCUGAAGUCUUAAAGGGUUAAUUACAACAAGUACAGGGUCCUUUUGUCU